AUGAAGUGUGAGGCAUUGCUUCUCUUCAGCUCGUGAUAACCCUAGCACUAAAAUGUUUGUUUAUGUGAUUGACUUACUGUUGUGCAAUUCAUGGGGAAGAAAAUCUGGACCACACUGAGUGAUACGUUAUUAAUAUUUUGUGAUGAUUGUUUUUCUAGAUAAAAUUUGAUGCCGGGACCCUCCUUCUUAGUACCCACCGACUGAUUUGGAGAGAUCAGAAAAAUCAUGAAUGCUGCAUGGCCAUUCCGCUUUCCCAAAUCGUGUUCAUUGAAGAACAGGCAGCUGGAAUUGGGAAAAGUGCCAAAAUAGUGGUCCAUCUUCACCCAGCUGCUAACAAAGAACCUGGUCCAUUCCAGAGUAGUAAGAACUCCUACAUCAAGCUCUCCUUCAAAGAACAUGGUCAGAUUGAGUUUUACAGGCGAUUAUCAGAGGAAAUGACACAGAGAAGAUGGGAGAAUAUGCCAGUUUCCCAGUCAUUACAAACGAAAAGAGGACCCCAGCCAGGAAGAAUAAGGGCUGUAGGAAUUGUAGGUAUUGAAAGGAAACUGGAAGAAAAAAGAAAAGAAACUGACAAAAACAUUUCUGAGGCCUUUGAAGACCUCAGCAAACUAAUGGUGAAGGCUAAGGAAAUGGUGGAGUUAUCAAAAUCAAUUGCUAAUAAGAUUAAAGACAAGCAAGGUGAUAUCACAGAAGAUGAGACCAUCAGGUUUAAAUCCUAUUUGCUGAGCAUGGGCAUAGCUAACCCGGUUACCAGGGAAACCUACGGCUCGGGCACACAGUACCACAUGCAGCUGGCCAAACAGCUGGCCGGAAUAUUGCAGGCGCCGUUAGAGGAACGAGGGGGAAUAAUGUCACUCACGGAAGUGUACUGUUUAGUAAACCGAGCUCGAGGAAUGGAAUUGCUCUCACCAGAAGAUUUGGUGAAUGCAUGCAAGAUGCUGGCAGCACUGAAGUUACCUCUCAGGCUCCGAGUGUUUGACAGUGGCGUCAUGGUCAUUGAACUGCAGUCCCACAAGGAGGAGGAAAUGGUGGCCUCAGCCUUGGAGACGGUUUCAGAAAAGGGAUCCCUAACAUCAGAAGAGUUUGCUAAGCUCGUGGGAAUGUCUGUCCUCCUGGCUAAAGAAAGGUUGCUUCUUGCAGAGAAGAUGGGCCAUCUUUGCCGAGACGAUUCAGUGGAAGGCUUGCGGUUUUACCCAAAUUUAUUUAUGACACAGAGCUAAGAAUUUUGUAUUUGAAAUACUUCUUGUCCAUAUCCUUGCAUCAUGUAGAGGUUGAAUGACAUUGAUCUAGGAGUAAACCCUGAGAAACUGAGAAUUUACUGGCAUUUCCCAGAAUGAUAUAAAACCCAUUUAAUUUCUCCCUAAAUACUAUGAUCCAGGAAGCUUCUUUAGGAUAAAUAUAGGAAAAUAUAGAAAAAUGAAUGCCAAUAUCAAUUUGAAAUCAUGUUACAGCUAUAUAGCAACCCUCAGGGUUUAACUUGAUCUUCAGAUCUGACCAAUUUUUAAAGAAGAGAAUUCAGUUCACUGGGGACGUGCAUAUUUGGACAGGUUAGAUCAUUAUUUUGGUGUGACUAAAAUUCACUAAUUAUAAAUGAAGUUUUUUUUCUGUGUUUAAUGGGCCCAUUUGGGGUGUGUUCUUUUUUUUUUUUUUUUUUUGGUGAAACAAUUUACACCUACAGUGUAGUUUAAGAACCUGACAACACUGGAACAAAACAUCAAACUGUAGAAUGUCAUUUGAGACUCUUCCUAAGGGCUUUUAGAAGCAGCCAUAAACAUGUCUUCAACAGACCAAAUAAAACACCUUAAAAAAGGAGAGAAUUUUAUUUGACUUAUGUAUAUAUAAUCUGACAAGUUUCUUUCUUCCUAUUUUUUUUUAGUGAUGAUUUCAUGGCUGGCAUUUAAGGAAUGCACCUAUGUCAUUUUGUUUUAAAAAUGCUGUAGAUUUUGAAACUGAAUUAACGAGCUGUAUAGACAUGCCCAGAGGUACAGUUACACACGUGGGAAGCAGACGGCUCAGGAUUUCCCUAGGAUUGUUGUGCGGGUUCAGGAGCCUGGAGGACCCUUAACCAGCUUUACAGGAACCCUGGUGCUCUUUUACCUCAAAGCCAAGGAUGGGAAAAUAGAAGGUGGAAACAUAAUAUGUCUCUUUUCCUUCCCUUUAAGAGGGAGUUUCAACGCUGAACUUUUUAAAAUAUUUGUAUCAUAUUCUAGCAAUAUUUUUUUCCUUUACCCCACACAUUAUAAGCUGUGUGGAGAAACUUUCUCACUAUAAGGUAUUACUGAGAUAACAGAAACUGACUAAUAGGAAUUUUGAUUGCUUGAGUUUUAAAGUGACUACCUGACUUUGUUCGUUCCUGCUACAUAGCAUACGGCAUGUUGGCAUUACCUCAAACUCAGGGAUCCCACAGGGACAGAAGGAGAGCCCCCUGCUAAGGCUGAGGUGGCAGUGCAAGGCAGUGAUAGUUUUUGGCCGAGUCUCUAGAAGGGAUGGUAUCUAUGCUGAGACCAGGAGGACGGGAUACCCAGGCUCAGAUUCUGGGAUCCCUGAGACUUUCUCACUGAAGAGGUGGAGAGCCACUGUCAGAGGCCACUGCAAAUGCCCUCUGGGGAAGUUCCAGGGAUCCUCAGCUGCAGACCCAGGGAAUCCAUCCAAGUGCAGCCAGAGUCGAUCCCUGAUCCCUGUCGCUGCUUCGCAUCCUCCAGUGUCGUGGGAAUGUUAUGGCCGAGGCAUCCUGCCUUAGGCUUCAUUUUCUAAACCUGUCACUUCAUUCCCCCAUCGCUCAGCCUCAGGUUUGUUUUGGGGGAAAUUCAGUGUCUGGCUGCCCAUGUCUUUCGGGCCAUUGUGUACGGUUGUUUGUAUGUCACUCCUCUCUCUGGGAUGCACUCACUCUCACGCUGCUCUGGCAAACUUGUACAUGUACACACACACCCACACCCACACCCACACCCACACACACGAUAUCACAUACACACAAUAUCUCAUCUGGCUAAGGUUUUCAAAAAUUAGGAGGAUAAUCUGUUUCACCAGUUGGAAUGAGUUGCAACUAAGAUUGAGCUACUGGAUCUGGCUCUGAUGGUUUGGAUUCCAUACGGCAAACUCCCGGAGUUCAGCAUGUUUAUUUACACUAGUGUGACAGCACAUUAACAAAGAUGGGCCGUCUGAAUUGUAUAAAGUGAACUAAAGAAGAAGAAACAUGGACAUGGAUAUAUUUUGCAAAUAUCACAUUAAUUUAAAAACAAGGAUGAUUGAUUUUUAUUGCUUUAAAGUGGGCAUUCUUCACUGUUUCCAGACCUCUGUAUGUAUAUUUUUAAUCCAUUUUGUUUUGUUUUUGCCAAAUAAGAUGUCACUUUGGUCCUUUGUUGGUAGCGGUUAUGUUUAAAUACAACCAAUCAGGCCCUAAGUGCAAAAAAGUUCCGUCUUGGUGCUUAUCACUGUUAUAAUUAUUAUUUUUGCUUUUCUGACUUUGCUCUUAGGAGCAUAAAUGUUCGUAGCUUUAUGAUAAUGAAAAAUUUCUAGUCAUACUGUCAAAAAUUUUUUUACAUUGUACAUGCAAAGAAUGUUUUCAGAGUUAAAUGAUUGGUGUUAAUGUAUAUAGAGUAGAAUUAUUGCAAAAUUAGAAAUGAUUUUUCUCAAUUUGGUGUUCUUUUUACUCUUUGAAAAAUAUAUGAAAAUGAUAAACAUUUAGUCAGAAUAAGCCAGUAUGUUAAGAUUUCUUUCUUUUAGACUUUGUAGUCAAGAGUUGAUUAUAAAUAUUUAUGACCUCAAGCUCUUACUAUUUUAGUUGUUUUAAAAGAAUGGGAAAUGGCUUACAAACUUUUUUUAAAAUUCUUGAUGUGAAGUCCACUGUUGACCAUGUGUAUUUAUGUGAAUGUACUAUCUCUGGUUCCCUGUUACCAGACUAAACUGAGCAGACAUGGACUUAACCACAUUAAAACGAUUCUCCCUUGCCCAGCAAUCUCAGAGUUUCCAUUUUGGUACAGUACAGUCACAGUUUACAAGGUGGUUAGGUUUUAAAGGCUGUGCCUAAGGAUGGACUCGAGCAUGCUCAAAAUGAUCCCUGAAAAUCUCUUAAAUUGCCAAUAAAGUUCUCUAUAUAAUCUAACAGUUAGAAUGUCUGUAGAGUGAUACAUGGGUAUGAAUAUAAGUAAAAUAUAUCAUUAAAAAUUACAUAUCAACAGUAGACUUAUAGCACCAAUUAUACUAUUUAAAUGUGGUGGGGUUUUUUCGGCUGAUUGAUAUGGUUGGAUUUAUGUAAAUUAUUGCUGAUCCCAUCCCUUAUGAUAGAUCUUGAGUAUAAUUUUCUCAAGGACAGAGGUUUUUAUCUGCUUUGUUCAUGGAUGUGUCCUCAGAGCCUAGAAUGAGGCCUGGCACACAGUGAGCAUUCAAUAAAUACCUACUGAAUGAAUGAA